GUGCGAGGAGCACGCACCAUUCCCACCCGGAUGGACGGAGCCACGCCGGCAGUCCGCCCUGGGUCGGUGUAGCCUUCCCCGGGUCCUGCGGUGCCUGGCUGGGCUACAGACGCAGGGCACCACCCUGCCCGUUCUCCGCAGACGCCCAGGACUAGCAGUCGCGCCAAGGAGAUGUCCGGUGGCCGGAGGAGGGGUGGCGCCCCCUGGCACAGCCUCUCCCGGUUCUUUGCUUCCCGGAGCCCUUCCCGGGACAAGGAAGAGGAAGACGAGGAGAGGCAGGGGACCAGCCACUCGCCAGCUGCAGGCUGGGGCACUGCCAGUGUUGAAAAUGAGCCCAUGAGUACAAGUCAGAAAAAGGAAAAUGUACUUUCAUCAGAAGCAGUAAAGAUUCCCCAAAGUGAGCACAAAAGGAACCAUGCUGAGAAACCAACCACUCUUCCAGUGCAAGAAGAUGCCAGAAAGCCAAAUGACCUUUCCAGUCCCACCUCAGAUAGCAAGACUGGAGAAAGUGAUCGGCAGCCAAAAGAAAGCUUUUUCCAGUUUCUUGGUAACUUAUUCAGUAUCUCUGGAAAAUCAUCCCUGGGUGAGGCCAAGCAAUCUUCUAUAAAAGAGGACCAUGACAGAACUGAGAAAAGUUUGCCAAGUGCUGGGGACUGCCACGAGAAAGGGGUCAAGGAGGAGAGGGCGUCCCCCGGUGGCUCCCUGGGAACGCAGGCGCUUGCUGCGGACCAACCGGACUCUGCCUCGGAUGGACAAGACUCCCCCAUUGAACUCUCAGAUGCCUUUUCUUUGGACACAACACAAGACAGCGAUCAGGAAACCAGUGAUUUUGUAAAACAAACGGAUGGUAAACUGGAGAGGCCCUCAGUAACUUACGCCACGUAUCAAGGCCCCAGACAAAUUAGAAAAUAUCUGAAGCAACAGACCGUGUUAGACACUGUGAAUCCCUUGGACAGAGAAAAUGAAAGUUCUGACUCGAGCACAAAGGCACAAAUCGGCCCUGGGAGUGAGAGUGAGGCUGGGACGUUGUCCUCUCUGUCAUCGGCUAGCGCGGACGUACCUGUGCAAGGGCAAGUGCUGGGAGACCCAUUAGAAGACUCCGAUUGCAGCAGAACAAGUUUCGGCACAGAAAGCCAGCCAACUAACCACCCCGUCGUGCUGAGUAUUGCUUCUUCUAAGGAUGUUUUCAAUAAAAAUGGUCCCAGGGGACCUGAGGGAAAUAGAUCAUCCCCCUCUUCUAUGACUAACUCCGACUUUGCUGUUGGGGAAUCUGACUCAGAACACCAUUUAAGUUGUAUACCAGUUUCUCGGACUGACAGAAACUUGGUAUGCUCAGCCUUGUUUACAGGAUGUUCCAUUAGCACAGUUCCUCGCAGUCCAGACUUUCAGGGGCUAACUUCUACAGGGACUACAACAAAAGAAAACAGUGCAGUGCAAAGAGAAGAGCAUGUUGAGCCUGAGAGCCCCACUGUUUCUGACUUCCCUUGUAGUAAAUCUGAUGGAAGCGACACUACCAAACAGGAGAGUGCAGAUAAAUCAACUAGGCAGGAGGACUUGCAGUCUCCAGAGAGCAAGUGUUCUGACAGGCAAGCUGCAGGAAGCUCAUCGAAGCGGGGUGCCAGUCACACCAGUGCUCCUCAGAGACAUGCCGUGACAGACACAGAACUCGUUCGUGAAGGCAGUAGGUUGUCUGCCCCAGAUGCCCAGAAAAAUUUGGCUGUUACAGAAAUCAGGCAGGAGACAGAAAGUAUCUCAGUCAGUGAACCCACAACUUCAAGUCAUGCAAAAGCUCCAGAAGAUAAAAAUGAGUCAUUAUCCAAAGAUACCAACCAGGUGUCUGUAACAGAAACCAAAAGGCUUGAUUUGGGGCCAGCUAGCAAAAUGCUUCACAUUCUUAGACUAAAUCAAAAGGACCCUGCUGCUGUAAAACAUGUCAGUGAAUUGGCAGUUGAAGCAUGCUUAGAAAACAAAAUACCCCCUGAACUAACUUUUAAACUUUAUAGAAGUCACAUGAAGGACUCCUCUGACUCUGAGAGUCCUCAACAAGCCAAAGUAUCACCUGAUACCAGAACCUGUUUUGCCCUUGACUGUGGAAAAUCAAAUUUCAAUACUUCAUCUCCUACCUUCGUUUCUGGAGUUGGCAUGCUGAGCAGGUUGGAUGUGCCUGUUGUAAAGAAUGAGGGGUCUUCCGUGCUCACUGAAACUGGGGAUGUCAAUGUUGUUGGCAUUUCCAAUGAGCCUAAAGAGUGUCAAGAAGAAAAUGUGGGGAGUCAUGUUGAGGCUGCAGAUGGGAAGAGUCCUCCAGCAUGCCUUCACCAUGAGCGUGCAUCUGUGAUUCUUGAAUCUGAGGAUGCUCUUCCUGACGGUAAAAAAUGCCAGGUUCCACUGGACCUUGAGGCCAGUGACACCCACUUGACUAGAGUGGACUCCACAUUGGAGUGUGAAAGCAUCUCUGAGGACCACAGUUCCACUUCAUCUCAAGGCCCUAAUAAAGCAGAGUUCAUGCUUUCCAACAGUAAAGCAAGGAAGAGCACUCUGGAGAAGUCUGGUUCCCUUUCCUUGGAAACCAAAACUAGUGACAUUGCUAAAGUUUUCUCAGAAGCUAAAGUUGAUGGUCAGGACAGUGUUCCUACUGAGUCACAUUCUGGAAGAGGAAAAACUGUAACCCUUUCCAAGAUAUCUGUUUCCCAAAUGGAGUCCAAAGACAUUUCUCAGGGUAACAUUUCUUCUCCAUUUGAAAUUACAGAUGUGCCAACAAAGCCUGUUUUAUCAGAAUUAACCUCCCUCGAGGCUGAGCAGGACCAAAGUUAUCAAUUGGUAGAUCACAAAGAGAUUAAAGAGAUAUGUUCAGAUGUGGGGCCCAAAGAAAGUUGCCAUGCCAAGAUGUCUCCUUCUGCCUCCCUAAAUCAAGAUAAAAAGGAAACAGAGGUAGAUGCAUCAGGUUAUCCAUCUCCUUUUCUCAAAAGUAAUACAUCUGGGAUCUUACCUCCUAUUCAUGAUGAAAAAGCCAACGCUUAUGUGAUUUGUCAACCUUCAGAUGUUUAUGGGACUGAAAAGAGUUCAGGUUUCGCAGAAAUGGCAAAACUGAGCUUCACUGAUACUUGCCAAAAAUUCCAAGAAAGUGACAGCAUGAAAGUACAUUCACCUAUUCUGGGCUCUCCUAUCACUUUGGGAAAAACCACUUUUGCAUCUGAAGAUUCAGGCUCUCUCAGUAUUCCCUUUGUGCCAAGAUCCAACACAAAAGCAUCAUCUCACAGAAGGAAAGAGAGCUCUCUUGCCCUAAGUGCUGGCACUGAGAGCACGUCUUCCUCAAACGCUGAAGGAGUCCACGUGAUUACCAGUGCACAUCAUCCCCAAAGUAACUUUGGUUCUGUGGAAGUUACUCUAGAUGGCACACAUGAAGGUGCCUCCCUGACUAACCUGCUGCACCCUGAAAACUCUUAUUUGGAAUCUGAAACUUCUAUACCAGCAGGGGCAGAAGUGACCCCAUCUCAGGGAUAUUUUGAUAAUUAUACUAGGGAGGUAUCUCUCGAUUUCCCAACAGCUGCCCAGUUUGACCUGCUGGUGGAAGGAGAGACUGGAGCAGUUGCUGGGGCCCCAGCGUCAGUUAACAGCUCAGGCCAGCAGUGUUCUGAAGCAUCUGCUGAGCAUGUAGAAGCAAGGAAGAGAGCACAGGACCAGUGUUUGGACGUCAGAAGUGUUUUGCCUAACAAGGCUGAUACGUGGCCUGGUGAGGUUUUUAAUUCAGUUAGGGAAGACCUCGAAUCCAAACACACAGUUGAUACGUGCCAGGACCACAUAGCCGGGGACGCCAUAAUGAAUCCUGGUUCCCGGGAAGGAGAUGGCACAUCUGAAGAAAAGCCAUCAGAUGUGACCCCUUCUGGGAUCCAACUGACAGAGCAUUUGGAAGAGCAGGACUUGGAAAACUUGGCAGGAGCCCGAGGGGAAGAAAAGGCCUGCGUUUUACUUACACCUGGUGAGAAGAGUCUCCUUUUUGAUUCUGAUAGAAUGAAUGUGUGUUGUUUGUUAGAAGAUCAAGCUAGGGAAUUAGUCAAUAAGAUUAUUAAUUCAGCCCAAGAAAGUAUAACAAAUGAUGCUUUUGAAGAUACUGAGGAUACUUGGGAUUCUGAACUUCAGACUAAUACUUCAAAAAUUCUGAACAGUGAUAGUGUUAAGCCUCAUGUAAGGGAGUUCUUGGUGUCAGAACAAGUAGUAAAUCAAAGCACAUGUGAAAUUAGUGAAAAUAAAGUAUUAGGUAGAUUUUUCACUCUAAGUAACUUAGGUAGUGACACAGAGUCUGAUGCUCUAAACUUGCAGGAAUCAGACACUGUUUUGCUAGGUGAAGACUUGCCCCAUGAAGCGUUAGGUGAUAGAGUAGAAACACACUUAUUUCUCAAAGAGGACUCUAAAGAGAAAGUGGAAGCAGAGUAUGUGGAUAAUCACAAAAUGGGGAGACGGGAUGUGAGAAAUCUGGCAUUAAAUUUCACGUGGCCUCCGUUUGCAGAUGAUGACAUCCAUGGACCUGGGACCUCCAAAAGCAGUUUGUCUGACAGCCUCGUGUGUGUACCUGAAAAAGGCUUGCCCGGACACGGUAAUAAGAGCACACCCCUUACAGUGUCUGAAGUAGGAAAAGUCCACAAAAAGGAUACUGAAGUAAAUCUAGGAAAAAUUGAGCUUAUCCCUUCCAUGUUAGAGAUGGUAAAAACACACAAAAAGGAUGCUGAAUUGAAAAUUAUGAAAAAUGAGGCAGCCCCUUUUAUGUCAGAAAUGGGAGGAGCACACAAAAGGGAUGAUGAACUGAAUAUCACAAAAACUGAGCCAACAGAUGACAGUUUUAAAAUGCGAGAAGUAUACCCAGUGGAUGCUGAGAAGCAUGAAAAAACCGAGGGAUUACCUGCCAUGGUAGGGAUGGAGAAAGCUCACAAGAUAGGGGACACGGAGAGGGAUAUUGGCAAAACUGACGCGAUGCCUGUCAUGUCAGAAAUGAAGAGCAUCUAUCAGAGAGAUGCCGAGAGAAUUACUGGAAAGACUGAUGUGAUACCUGCUACAUUAGGGGUGGAAAACAUCUACCAAAAGCAUGCUGAAGGUGAUGUAGGCAAGACCGGGGUGACAUCAGCUCUGUCAGAAGGGGAAAACACUUACCAAAAAGAAGUCCAGGGGAUUGCUGAAAAGGCUGAAGCAUUGCCUCCUGCAUUAGAAACAGAAGAUAUUUCCCAGGAUGCUGAAGGAGAUGUGGACAGCACUGAGGUGACGCCCACAGUGUCACAAGUGGUAAAUGUCCCCCAUGAAGAUGCCAAGGGGAUCACUGGGAAGACUGAAGGGCCUGCGUUGGGAAUGGAAAGCACUUUCCAACAGGGUGCUGAAGGAGCCACUAGGAAAACUGAAAUCGUACCUUUGGGGUUGGAAGUGAUAAAACUACACAAGAAGGCAGCCCCCGCCUCUUUAGAAAUAGAAAAAGCAUGUGAAAGGGAUGCUGAAGGGACGACCAGAACCCCUGUGUCCAUGCCCUCCAUGAUAGAAAUGGAAAGAACAUCCCCAGAAGAGCCUGAUGGGGCUACCUGUAAACACCCCGUGUUAUCUGCAGAGGUAAACGUGGGGAUAACAUAUGGAGCAGGUCUGGAAUUGCCCGUUACACAAGCAGAGGCCAUGCUUGCCAUAUCUGAACUUGAAAAAGCACCCCAGGAGUACACUGAAGAAAGUAUUGGAGAAAUGGAGGAAGAGCCCACUGAAGUAAAGGAAGGCUUAAUAGCACAUGACAAUAGACUUGCUUCGUAUUUCAGAGGAUACGAAUCACCUACAUUAAGUAAGGAUUAUGAAGGCUACCCAGCCUUAGCAAUGCUAGAUUUUCAACCCGUGGAUACCAUAGGAAGGCUAGACAAAAGAACAUCUGUUACUGCAGUAGAUGACAAAACAAGAGAUGUAGGUGAUUACAGCGAUGAAAAGGAAGACUCUAACCUAGCCUUCAUUUCUCAGGAUGAACAAGAAAAUUCCUCCUUUACUAUAUUAUAUGAAGAACCCCUUCAAGAUGAGGACAGGUGUGCUACUGCCAAAGUAAGAAGAGCACACUCACUCUUGCCUUCUGACACACCCCCUGAUGGCAUGCCUGUCCUUGCAUGUGAAAGGUCUGAGAGUAGAACUGACCUGGUCCGCCAUUUUGAAAAGGGCACUAAAGUAGACAGUGAUAGUUCGGAAAUGUUCUUAUCAGUGGAGGCGAAAAGGUACAGAGUUUACCCCUUAGCUCUGUCUCCCAUUUAUGAGGACGACAGCUCUCAGGAGGACAUUCUGUCCAGCGAGGUCUCGCCUGGGCAUCAUGGCUCCACAAAAUCGAGAGAUGGUGCACACCAGCCCUGUUCUGUUUUGUCACUUCUCCAGUCAGUAUCAGAGCGUUUAAAGAUGAAUUUUGAUGAAGACGACAGGCAGGAGUUAGGGGAAGAGGAAGAAGAAUUGUUGCCUAAGGGAAGUCUGACAGCUACAAGGAGGGAAACUGUCAAGCUGCCAGAUCCUUCCACCAUGUUCUACUCUGAUGAUGACCAGGAAAGGACUGGAAUUUCUAAGGGUUCAUUUGUAAAGACAAACGAACCAACUACCUCCAAUCUGCAGAUAGGUCUGUGGCCAGAAAAGACCCCAUUCCUACAAAAAUCUGACCUUACUUCUAAAUUACAUUCUUCUGUAAAGAGUGUUUAUCAUCAAUAUCUGCAGACUUCCAAAACGCAUUCCUCAGAAAAAGGAGCCAGAUUUGGUGGGACUUUGCAGGAACCAGUGUCAAAAUAUUUCCGUGCUCAAGACAUCUCAGGCAGAUUGAGCCCGUUCACAGAGAAUGUUGACAGACAAACUCUGAGGUGUAACCCAAGACCUGGGAAGAUGGUUAUCUAUGAUCUCCAUGGAAGUAAAUAUAAACAAGAGGUCUAUUGUAACAUUCUCGAUGCCACGUCAUGGUCCUUUCCGAAUGGGGUACUGAUAAAAGUUGUAAGGGGCUGCUGGAUUUUAUAUGAGAAGCCACAUUUCCAAGGUCAGAAAUGUGUGUUAGAAGAAGGGGAAAAGGUGUUAAAUCGUGACUGGACCCUUCAGAACAGAAAGCAUCCACAGAGAAGUUUUGUACUGGGUUCUAUCAAACGCAUCUUAAAGGAUUGCAGUAUUCCAGAGAUAGAACUUUGCCCACAGUCUGACCCAGUGUGUUGUCCUAUUUACAUACAGCAAGCGGUCCCUAAUUUGGAAGAGCUGAAUAUCCCCAAAUCUAUGUCCUUCACUGUGAAGGCAGGAGUUUGGCUUGCCUACCCAGAUGUUAAUUUUAAGGGGCGUGCUACAGUUCUGGAGGAAGACCAUGGACUCUUUGAGAUUUCUGCAGCAGAAAUGAAAUCACUGUAUCCACUUCAAAUGGGUGGACUAAAAGUGGAAAUGCCUAUGGACUUAAAGGUUAUUAUUUAUGAAAAACCUUACUUCCAUGGACAGGCCAAAGAAUUUAGUGAACAUAUAGAUUCUGUCCCAGAUUUUUUGAAACACGAUGGGGACUUUCAAGGAAUUGGAUCAAUUCGUGUCAUCGGUGGAGUGUGGGUUGCCUAUGAAAAAGAACACUUUAAAGGCCAGCAGUUCUUGCUUGAAGAAGGAGAUUUUGAAGACAGUACUGCUUGCGGGGCGUUGAGUGGCCCCAUCUUGUCUUUCCGGUACUUACAAGCUAAUUUUAUAGAAUCUUCCAUCACACUGUUUGAAUCUGACCUGGAAAGUGGGAAAUUUAUUGACAUUAGAAAUCAGGAAAUCUCUGACUUAGAAGAGGUUGGCUUUGGCACCGAAACAAGAUCCAUUCACGUUAAAAGCGGAGUAUGGGUUGCCUACCAGCAGAAGUUUUUCUGUGGAGAACAGUACAUUUUAGAGAAAGGGAAAUACAAAUGCUUUUUUGACUGGGGAGGAUCAAAUAACAUAAUCCUGUCAAUACGACCUGUCCAACUGGAACCACUUGGAAUAAAUGAGCCUCCAUACUUGCUCAAAGCAUUCAGUAAACCGGGGUUCCAAGGUGAAUGUGUAGAUUUUACAAAAGAAAUUUCUGAUUUGACUUCAUUCACUCCAUGCUCUUUCAAAGUUCUUCGGGGUUGCUGGCUCCUGUAUUACCAAGAGGACAUUUCUAAUAACCAGUGUGUGUUAGAAGAAGGCCUGUAUGCUGACCUUACUUCUUGUGGCUGCCCGACAUCUACAAUCAAAUCCCUCAAGCCCAUUGACUAUGUUUUUGACGAACCUUCCAUCAGCCUUUUUGCUCUGGAGCAUUGUGAAGGGAGAGAGUUACAUCUCGAGGAGGCCGUGAACUCUGUUCUGAACAAGGACCUGCACUUCUACACCCAGUCCGUGUGGGUGAAGAGUGGACUGUGGAUAGCUUAUGAAGGAUCCAAUUUCUUGGGAAGACAAAUCCUGCUCGAACCUAAUGAGAUCCCGAAUUGGACAGCUUUUAGUGGAUGGAAAACAAUUGGUUCCCUCCGUCCUAUGAAGCAGCCCGCAGUGUACAUCAGGAUAAGGAACCGAGCCCAGAAUGAGUAUCUCACGGUCACUGGGAAUGCAGCAGACACCAAGGCGACGUCUGUGUGUGUCUCUCCCUACAGCGGGAAGAACUCUCAGAUCUGGCACUACUGCCGCGGACUCUUCAAAUCCAAGGCCACUGAUACAUGUCUCGACGUGAUUGGUGGCCGAGACACUCCCGGAGCUAAAGUGGCCCUGUGGACUGAGCACGGGCAGUUCAGGCAGAAGUGGAGACUGAACAGAAACGGAACCAUCAGCUCCUAUCUCAGCGACCAGCUCGUCCUGGACGUCACAGGAGGAAAUUAUUAUGACAAGACUCAUGUAAUUGUAAAUCAGCCCCUGGAGGGAGAAGAAACACAGAAGUGGGACAUUGAAAUACUGUGAGAGAACUGGCAGCAUCCCUAGAAAGAGCAAAGGAAGGAGGAGCCCCACGGCCCUCGUAAAGUAAGCUGCUUGUCCUCACGCUCCUGGACACUGAGGAUGAAUGAACUCUUCUCUGAGGCUCCAAGACCAUUACUGUUGAUCACGGGGAAAGGUCCGGAUGCUCUCGCCAACUCUUCAGUGGUCCUAUGGAGAAUAAGCUGUGAUUUCUGGGGAAGGCGCUAUUCCUCCUUGAUCUGCAGCUUGGGUGAGCAGGCUUCCUGAAGUGUCUUCUCUCUUAGCUACCAAAUAGGAUCCCUGUCCCCGGCGGCCACUGCUGAGGACAUGGGUGGGGCCAGCGACCUGCAGGAGCUGCGCCUGUCCUAGCAGCACGUGCUAGGACACGUGAGUGCAAGGCGCAGCAUGUGAGUGCAAGGCGCAGGGAAUAGAUUCCUACAGGUCAAGUCUUACUCUUGUGAAAAGAACAACUUUUAGCAAUAUUUGAAGACAUGUUUAAUAAACCUUCCUGUUAAGCUGCUGUAUUAGCUAAACCUUAAAGGUUUUCUGUUGAGGCUUUUAUGAUAUUGAAGCCCCGUAAGUCUUCAUACUUAUAACUGACCCCAGGGAGGGACCUCAGUUUUACUAGGAAAAAGGCUCAAAUACUGGAGUAUCUUCUGCGGCUAUUCUUUGCUCAGUCCUUCAAACUGCAAAAGCACAAAUAACCUGUGACCCUCCUUGCGCUCUAAGUAACAAAGCCGCCCUUCUGGGCCACAGGACUCUAACCAGUGUUUACCUAGCGGGGUGCAGAGACCUCAGCCUAGAUUUCGCCCGAUCUGCCCUCGAGAAGUGUUUUUAAAGAGUGUGUCACCUUUGUAUAAGAUAGUCAGAUUUUUCUUUGGUCAAGUAAAUGGAAGUUUCAAAUGUUCAAAUUAAAACCAAGUAUUUGAGACUUGACUGUACCAUUUUACUUUAUGUAAAAGUGCUUAUUUUUCUAUGAAAUGAUAGAAAACUCAGUUUUCACUCCCAUUUUAAAUAGCUUCUAUUUAAGCAAAAUCAGAUAGGAUACCAUCUUGAACUCAAUUUCAUCACUACCACCUUUAACUAAACAAUUUGCAAGCAUUUUCCCCUCCUGAGUUGGUUUUAAACUGAUAGUGAGACAACUGUUCCCUUCAUCCCCAACUUUUGAUGAAAAGCAGGAAAAGUUCUGUUCAAUUUUUAUAUAGAAAGAUUAAGUUCUCCAGUGGUAUUUUUUAAAAUAUCAACCUAUAUGCACUUUAGAAUGUAAAAUAACAGUGAAUUGUUUAAACUCAAAGACCCACUAUUUUGAGUAUUUUUUUAGAGAGACUUGGUCUUUCCAUGUAAAUACUGAAGGUUUUUUUUUCCUUUAAUCUCAGGCUCUUUGUCAUGUUUCAAGCAGCAUCUAUAAAACUCCCUUAUGCCCAUUGAUACGAGUGCCUCUCAUUAGUGUGGCAGUAUUAUUUAAUGGAAAUUACAGGGGUAUCUUUAUUUUAAAGGGGGUGCUUAUGUAUACUGUCAUUGUAAAAAUCCAAGUUAAAAUUUUUUCUUUCAUGUUAAUUGUUUAAAUUUUUUCUAGAGCCAAUGAGGCUCUUUAUAGGAGUUACUUCCAAAGAACAGAGACAGGUAACAAUUUUUAAAUUUAACUGAUACAUUUAUUGUAGUUGUGCCUUUUCUACCACACUGGAUUAAAUAAACUUGUCAAAAGUA